AUGCUGUACGUGCAGCGAUUCCGCAAGGUGAGCCCUGACAGCGGCGCGUGCGGGGCACGGAGCGGCGGCAGGGGCAGUGCACGGCACGCCAUCGAGAACCCGGCCUUCCUGGACGGCCUGCUGGCGCGCCGUGGCGGCACGCACGUAGAGGCCGCCGGCAGGAAGCGGUGGCUGCUCGACGCCGCCGCGGCCGCGCCGGACGCAACGGACGUCCUCGCCUUCGAGGAGUUGGCGCUGGCAGCGGGCGCCGAGGUCGAGGCGGCUCCCGUCCCGGCACUGGCAGCGGCAGCGCAGAUUUCCGACACCGCUAACGCCACGGACAUGAUAUGCUACGAGCUGCUCGGGAUGGAGCAGGUGGAGAUCGACGCCGAGGCAGAAGCGGCUGCCACUGAGGCGGUGGAGCCGUGGGCGGAGAUGGACGAGAAAGAGGUUGAGGAGCUCGUCGCGGCCGCGGCUGCCACUGAGGCGGCGCCGGAGCCGUGGGCGGAGAUGGACGAGAAAGAGGUUGAGGAGCUUGUGCAGCAGAUAGACUGCAUUGGCUCGCCGAGCCCCUAA